AUGAAAACAAGUUGCCGCCUACCAUCCCUGCUACUCUGGCCGCUGGGACAACUUGUCCGCGCCCAGCUCGUCUGGCGGCCUGGCCCCCCGACAACAGCAUCCAACUUCCGAGUGCGCUUGCACUCGACCGAAGCAAACAGCCCGCUGGGAGCGGUGUUUGAAAACUUGGUGCUGGCGACAUCAUCCGACUGCGACGCGAUUGCCAGCAUCGGCCGCGUGGACGACUCCAGCCUGACCCUUUUUGUCAAUGUCGAGUCUGAGGCCAUCCAGUCGGAGCGUCACGGCAAGAAAAGGUUUGGUAUACUGCUACACACGACACGGUAA